AUGACUGGUCCUCGUGAUUUAAACAUUCAAAUUGAGAGUUUAGUAACUAGGCUUCGAAGAAGACAGGUGGUUGGAUCUUUUUCCGUGUCUCUAGAAACGGCCUUGCUUCUGAGACAAGUGGUAUCGAAUACUAGGUGGAGGGAAGUCGAAUACUUGAUAAAACUGGUCAAAGAUGUUGGCAAUAAACUUGUUCUAGCUCAACCGCGCGAACUUGCUGUUGGAAAUAUAGUUCGUCGUGUUUUAAGAUUAAUUCGAGAUUGUUGCAAUUCCGAUGGGGAUGACAAUUUUAGUAUCAGCGAUAGUCCCGUUUCUGGCAUUGAGAAUGACGAAUUAAAUGACGAAGACGAUGAAUUUGAGGAGGAAGAAAGGCCUAAACGGUCGUACGCCCAACGUCAAUUAAGUUUCUAUGAUGGUGGAUCAGGAUCGAGAUUUUUUGGAUCGAGUUCUUCAAUGAUCAAUUUAUUGGGUGAUAAUACAAUUCCUGGAAAGAAAAAUUCAUUGGAUUAUGAGAAGGCCAUGGAACAUAUACACUCAAAUGAAAUAAUAAUGACGAUUGGAAAGUCUAAAACAGUUGAAACAUUCUUGAAAACUGCGGCUAAAAAAUUAAAAUUUCAAGUAGUGGUCGCUGAAACUUCACCAACCUAUAGUGGUCAUGAAAUGGCUUUGUCGCUUUCUCAAGCUGGUAUCGAUACAACAGUGAUUACGGAUUCAGCUAUAUUUGCUGUCAUGUCAAGAGUAAAUAAAGUUAUAUUAGGAAUUCAUGCCGUCCUGGCAAAUGGCGGGCUUAUAGCCGUAAGUGGCACACAAAUGGUCGCAGCCGCCGCAAAAUAUCAUUCAACCCCUGUAGUUGUUUGUACUGGACUGUACAAAUUAUCCCCUUUAUAUCCAUACGACGAAGACUCGUUUAACGAUUUAGCAGCACCAGACUCGGUAUUGAAUUUUGAUCAAGGUGAGUUGGUAGAUAAUGUCACCCUAUUGAAUCCCUAUUAUGAUUAUGUUAAGCCAGAACACGUCAAUUUAUUUAUUACAAAUACUGGAGGUCAUCCUCCUUCCUAUUUAUAUCGUCUAAUCAACGAAAAUUACGAUCCCGAGGAUACUUACUGUAAACCAUACUAUCAAAAUUACGAGUUCGAGUCCUAUAUAUUUAACGAAAAUAAUCCUAGAAAUGAUAUUAGUGUUAGUGAAAGUGAAAGCGAGUCUGAUUCGUGCGAUUCUGACGAUUUGAAAAACACGCUUGAUAUUUCAUUUGAUGAAUUUAUCCAAGCUGAAA